ACGUGGAAAGCCAUAUAAAACAUCCGGUCUCAAAUCACAUCAAGUUUGUUUCUAUUAACAAACCAGACCAACGAACGAAAAAUGAAGGCCGUCAUAGCAGCCUUCUUAGUGGCUGUGGUGGCCGUAGCGGCCGACGAGUCAUGUCCGUCCGACUGGUGGGCAAAUGAUAAACUACUGGCCCACGAAGACUGCCAAAAAUUUUAUAUGUGCUCAUUAGGCAUACCAGUAGAGAUGACCUGCUGCUGCGACCUUUACUUCAACAUUGAAACCGGACAGUGUGACUGGCAGUAUAAUGUAGACUGUGGUGAUAGAAACAUUCCAGGAGAAAAUUCUACGCGUACGCUUGAGCUAGAAAUAGAUCCUACCACUUCAGAAUCUACUACCACUGACCCUACAACUGCUGAGUCGACAACUCCUGAGCCUACGAAUACGGAGCCCGCUACUUCAGAACCCACAACCCCUGAACCUACUACAACGGAAUCCGCCACUUCAGAACCUACAACUGCAGAAUCUACAACCACCGAGCCAACAACCCCUGAACCUACGACAACAGAACCAACCACUUCAGAACCUACAACCUCUGAACCUACCACUGCAGAACCCACGAUCACCGAGCCCACAACCACUGAACCUACGACAACCGAACCCGCCACGUCAGAACCCGCAACCUCUGAAACUACCACAACGGAACUCGCCACUUCGGAACCCACAACCCCUGGAACUACGACAACGGAACCCACCACUUCAGAAUCCACAACCCCUGAACCUACUACAACGGAACCCGCCACUUCAGAACCCACAACCCCUGAACCUACUACAACGGAACCCGCUACUUCAGAACCCACAACUCCUGAACCUACGACAACUGAAUCCACCACUUCAGAAUCCACAACCCCUGAACCUACUACAACGGAACCCACCACUUCAGAAUCCACAACCCCUGAACCUACUACAACGGAACCCGCCACUUCAGAACCCACAACCCCUGAACCCACAACUCCUGAACCUACGACAACUGAAUCCUCCACUUCAGAAUCCACAACCCCUGAACCUACUACAACGGAACCCGCCACUUCUGAACCCACAACCGCUGAGCUCACAACCCUUGCACCUACCACAACACCCGCGCCUGGGUGGCUCGAGAACGGUUGCCCCGUGGACCCCCACAUCCACUGGCUGCUGCCUGUGGAGGGAGACUGCAACGGGUUCUACUACUGCGUGUGGGGAGAGCUAGUCCUGCGAGCCUGCCCGUCCACCCUGCACUUCAAUAAGGAACUCCAGGUCUGCGACUGGCCCGCAAACGCUGGUUGCAAUUCUUCUAUACCUACAACAACACAAUCCACUACUCCAGAACCUAAUGCCACUACGUCCACAACCUCUAAAGAUACCACCGUGAAACCCACAACACCCACGUCUGGGUUUCUUGAGAACGGUUGUCCUACGAACCCCCACGUCCACUGGCUGCUGCCUGUGGAGGGAGACUGCAACGGGUUCUACUACUGCGUGUGGGGAGAGCUAGUCCUGCGAGCCUGCCCGCCCACUCUGCACUUCAAUAAGGAUCUCCAGGUAUGCGACUGGCCCGCAAAUGCUGGCUGCAACUCUUCUGAACCUCCAACUGAAACGGUACCUACCACUCCAGAACCUACGACCACUGAUCCUACUACAACGGAACCCGCCACUUCAGAACCCACAACCCUUGAACCUACGACAACGGAACUCGCCACUUCAGAAUCCACAACCCCUGAACCCACAACCCCUGAACCUACGACAGUUGAAUCCACAACUCCUGCAUCUACAACCACGGAACCCACAACACCCGCGCCUGGGUGGCUCGAGAACGGUUGCCCCGUGGACCCCCACAUCCACUGGCUGCUGCCUGUGGAGGGAGACUGCAACGGGUUCUACUACUGCGUGUGGGGAGAACUGGUUCUGAGGGCCUGCCCGCCCACACUGCACUUUAAUAAGGAUAUCCAGGUCUGCGACUGGCCCGCAAACGCGGGUUGCAACUCUUCUGUACCUAUAACAACACAACCUACCACUCAAGAACCAAAUGCUACUACGCCCACAACCCCUAAAGAUACCACCGUGAAACCCACGACACCCACGUCUGGGUGGCUCGAGAACGGUUGUCCUACGAACCCCCACAUCCACUGGCUGCUGCCUGUGGAGGGAGACUGCAACGGGUUCUACUACUGCGUGUGGGGAGAACUCGUUCUGAGGGCCUGCCCGCCCACCCUGCACUUCAAUAAGGAUCUCCAGGUCUGCGACUGGCCCGCAAAUGCUGGCUGCAACUCUUCUGAACCUCCAACUGAAACGGUACCUACCAGUCCAGAACCUACGACCACUGAUCCCACAACCACUCAAUCCACAACCCCUUUACCUACUACAACAAAACCCACCACUUCAGAACCCACAACCCUUGAACCUACAACAACGGAACUCGCCACUUCAGAACCCACAACCCCUGAACCUACCACAACGGAACCGGCCACUACAGAACCCACAACCCUUGAACCUACUACAACGGAACCCACCACUUCCGAACCCACAACCCCUGAACCUACGACAAUAGAAUCUACAACUCCUGCAUCUACGACCACGGAACCCACAGCACCCGCGCCUGGGUGGCUCGAGAACGGUUGCCCCGUGGACCCCCACAUCCACUGGCUGCUGCCUGUGGAGGGAGACUGCAACGGGUUCUACUACUGCGUGUGGGGAGAACUGGUUCUGAGGGCCUGCCCGCCCACCCUUCACUUUAAUAAGGAUAUCCAGGUCUGCGACUGGCCCGCGGACGCAGGUUGCAAUUCUUCUGUGCCAUCGACAACACAACCCACCACUCCAGAACCUAACGCCACUACGCCCACAACCCCUACACCUACCACCGUCGAACCCACAACACCCGCAGCUGGGUUCCUCGCGAACGGUUGCCCCGUGGACCCCCAUAUCCACUGGCUGCUGCCUGUGGAGGGAGACUGCAACGGGUUCUACUACUGCGUGUGGGGAGAACUGGUUCUGAGGGCCUGCCCGCCCACCCUGCACUUCAAUAGGAGAAUUCAAGUUUGUGACUGGCCCAGAGAUGCUGGUUGCAUCACAGCGCUGAACAAACACGACAUGGGACAAUACUCUAGACUUUUUGCCACGGAACUUUUCAGGGGCAUAACAAAUUCCAGAAUCUGAACUGAUGCAUAAUUUCGAAAGCGACAAACGCGUUUGCGG